CAUCCCCUUAUUCAGAAAUUUUUUUUUACAAUAAUAAAAUGCCACAUAAAUCUCAAAGUAAAGAUGAUCACCACUACUACUGCAUCCACAUUGAUAGUUUUCUUUUGAUUUUUUUUUUUUGUUGUUUGAAAUCCAGAAAAUAAACAUUCGAAAUAUCAUCUCAUUGAUUACAACAAUUUUAAAAAAUGCCAUUAUUCGGUAAGGUUAAAGAUCAACAACAACAAUCAUCAUCAUCAUCGACAACAACAACAAUGAAUAAGGUGAACGAAAAUGAAAACACCAAAACUAACAGCAAUAGUAACAACAAAAAUAAUAAUCCUAAUUCAAAUCCAAAUGGCCAACAGACAACAGCGACAACGACGACAACAACAACAACGAUGACCGGUAAAAUGAAUCCAAUGCCAAGAGUGGAAGAUAAAUAUGAGCUAAAAGAUUUACUUGGAACUGGUGCUUUCUCACAAGUUUAUCUGGCACAAAAUCAUCAUGAUCCAUGUCAAAUGGUUGCUAUUAAAUGUAUCGAUAAAAAAGCAUUAAAAGGCAAAGAAGAUUCAUUGGAUAACGAGAUUAAAGUUUUAAGAAAACUUAAACAUAAAAAUAUUGUUCAAUUAGUGGAAACAUUUGAAGAUCGUAAUAAGGUCUAUUUAGUAAUGGAAUUAGUGACCGGUGGUGAACUAUUUGAUAGAAUUGUUGUUAAAGGAAGCUAUACAGAAAAAGAUGCUAGUCUAUUGAUUAAACAAAUAUUGGAAGCUGUUGAUUAUAUGCAUUCACAAGGUGUCGUACAUAGAGAUCUAAAGCCAGAGAAUCUACUUUAUUAUAGCCAAUCUGAAGAUUCAAAAAUAAUGAUUAGUGAUUUUGGUCUUUCAAAAAUGGAAGAAUCUGGUGUCAUGGCAACGGCAUGUGGUACACCGGGUUAUGUCGCUCCAGAGGUGCUAGCACAAAAACCAUAUGGAAAAUCGGUGGAUGUAUGGAGUAUAGGUGUUAUUGCAUACAUAUUACUUUGUGGUUAUCCACCAUUCUAUGAUGAAAAUGAUGCAAAUCUUUUUGCUCAGAUUCUGAAAGGAGAUUUUGAAUUCGAUAGUCCGUAUUGGGAUGAUAUCUCAGAUUCAGCCAAAGAUUUUAUUCGUCAUCUUAUAUGUGUUGAUGUUUCAAAACGAUUCACCUGUAAAGAUGCGCUAUUACAUCCAUGGAUCUCCGGAAACACUGCUAGUGAGAUUAAUAUACAUAGUUCUGUUAGUGAACAAUUGAAGAAAAAUUUUGCUAAAACAAAAUGGAAACAAGCAUACAAUGCAACAGCCGUAAUAAGACAGAUGCGUAAAUUGGCAAUGUGUAAUAAUUCAUCAACAACAAUUACAAUGACAACAACAAACCAUCAUAAUGAUAUAACUUCCAAUAUAACGCACCAUGAUCAUCAUCAUCAUCAUCAACAUCACUCGCAUAAUCCACAUCCACAUAAUCAUCCAAAUCAACACAGCCAUCAUUCACAUCAUCCGCAUCAUCAUCAUAAUGAAGAUGAAGAAUUGUUCUCCAAUACUGGUGAUAUUGCUACUGUCAAUGAAGAACAAGAAAAACAACAACUAGAUUCUACUUAAUUAAUCAACUAUUCGGUUAUUAUUGUCGAAUUUUUUAUUUCUAUUUUGGUUUCAUUUUCAUAUCUUUUUUUCAUUUUAUUUUACUUUUUGUUCAUUGA